AUGGUAUCUGUAUCCAACGCCCUAAUUAUCGCGGCUAUUCUGGGCAGCAGUCUUGCGACCGACUCCGCGAGCUGUCCAGAGAAGCGUCCCAAUAUUGUCUUCAUCUUCACAGAUGACCAAGAUCUGCAUCUAAACUCUCUAGAUUUCAUGCCAAGUGUGCAAAGUGAACUCCUACAGAAGGGAACAAACUUCACAAACCAUUUCGCCACGAUUUCAAACUGUUGCCCGAGUCGAGCGUCGCUUCUUCGCGGCCAGCAUGGUCACAAUACCAACAUAACGCAUGUGACGCCUCCUGGCGGAAAUUAUGAGAAAUGGCGUCUCUCAGGCCAAGACAACAACUACCUCCCAAUGUGGCUUAGCGGGGCCGGAUAUCGCACAGAGUAUAUUGGCAAGUUCUUGAACGGUUAUAGUAGAGAACUUUACCAAGACAAUCCUAAAGGCUGGGACUUUGUCGACGCCUUGAUUGAUCCGUGGAUGUACAACUUCAACACGCCCGUCUUCACCCAAAAUGGGGAAACGCCUAUUCUCUACCGAGGCUAUCACCAGACAGACGUGAUCCGGGCCAAAGCGCUUGAAUAUCUGACGGAGAGUCAAGACAAACCAUUUUACCUAACUAUAGCUCCCGUAUCACCUCAUCUUCAGAUCGGCGGAGGUGGACUACCAGUCCCUCUGGCAAGACAUGCAAACGCUCACCCAGGUCUCAAGGCACCAAAAGACAAAAAUUUCAACCCGGCCCAGAAUUAUACCGACGGGAAGCCAUCGUGGCUCAAGCACCUGGACCGCUUGAAUGAAACGCAAAUUGCACGGAUCAAUCUUCACUACCGUCGCCGAAUUCAGGCCCUGAUGGGCGUUGACGAAAUUGUACAUGACGUCGUCGAGUUUCUCGAAACGAAAGGCGUGCUGGACAACACAUAUAUCAUAUUCUCCUCAGACAACGGGUACCACUUGGGCCAACAUCGCGUUGGUGCCGGAAAGACACUGCCCUACUUGGCUGACACGAACGUCCCAUUCAUCGUGCGCGGCCCCAACGUGCCACAUGGGGAAACUUCACGACUACCGGGUACUCAUCUAGAUCUAGCCCCAACGUUGCUAGAUAUUGCCUGUGUCGAUCAGACGGAUCUUCCGGUCUUUCUAGAUGGGCGAAGUCUCCUCGGUGACUGGCAUAGCCCGCAAAACAGCACUGGCUCCGCUCACCAAGACUUAAUCAACAUAGAGUUCUGGGGCCACUCGGUUGUGGAGUUGCCGACCCAGAAGGGCAGCAUGAAUAACAGCUACAAGGCACUGCGCGUUGUAGGCGAGAACUCGGCUUAUUUGUUUACGAGGUGGUGCACUGGCGAGACGGAGCUCUACAACACGUUGGACGACCCCUUUGAGCUCAAUAACCUCGCCUAUGAGCCAAACAAUCCUAGCAAGGACACCAAACGACUGAUAAACCGUCUGAACGCCCUGCUGUUGGUGACCAAGUCCUGCGAACGCGACAACUGCCGAAACCCGUGGACAGUGCUCCAGAGCAGCCUCGAAUCUUAUGACGACUACCCCGAAUCCGGCGAGAUCUUUGCCAGUCUGGAGACGGCCAUGGAUGAAAAAUAUGACUCAUUCUUCAGUAGUUUGCCGAGCGUACAGUUCAAACAGUGUCUCGAAGUUCAGGUGAGAGACAACGAAGAGCCUUUCCUGCCGGAGUCGUCGCGAUCGCUAGGCAAUACCUCCCGCAAGCACAUUGACUACUACAAAUCACCCGCAACGCGUGCGAAGAAGAUGGUCCCCAGAAACAAGAUUAAUCAGGGCACCAAGAGCCAACGGAAUACCACUAUCGAAAAGAUGAUGAAGACGGCCCGCAAUUUAACUCUAGACGAGCUCGGUCCCGGCAAUGGUUCUGGUAACGGAUCUCAAAACGAUGACGAGUCUGGAAGUUAUGAGACUUCGCAGCGGAGUGAACUUAUCAGUACUAUCGCUGGAAUCAUCACUGCACUUUUGCUCCUGGCAUAGUGACUAGUGUAACUUGAAGGGCAUGUACUAAUGAGAGUAGGUUCGCAGUGAAUACGCGGUUUUAUCGUUUUGGACACACGAGCGUGUUGCAUGAGACUCGAUCGCACGACGAGUGACGAAGUGAAGAGAUGAUGAAUGGAUGAUUAGAGGAUCAUAGGGGAUAAGGAUAAGCAUGGGUUGUAUUCCAGCAAGACAGGCGGAAUUUAGUCUUUACUACAACUAUGCCUGCUUCCAAAGUCCCACAUCUACAGCCCUGAUCUGGAGGGCUAAGAGUCGCGAGUUGCUUCGGCAAAGAGCCAACUUAGCGCCCAUGAACCAAAAGUUGAGAUGACCGAUGUUGCGCCACAUAUAGAGAUCUGGUUUCAAUCAUCCAACACCACUGGCAAUGUUGAGUAGCAGCAUCAGUCUCGCGCAUAGUAUGUAUUUCUAUCAUAAGAAGAGAGUUAUUUGUAGAAAAGCACGAC